UACUUGUAGCGUGUAAAUACAUGGUUCAAAAAUGAUGAUUCUAAAACAUAAAAAUUGGUGAAUUUCGGGGACAAUAUUGCAACCAUUUAAUAUGGGAGAAUGGUUGGACACGAAGCUGUGUUGCUGCUGUUUCUCUUUGCAGGAUGGCAGAAGGUAUUAGGGCUUCCUCCGGUACGGGAUGUAGCGGUAGAUUUGGGGCAGAACCUGACGUUGUCGUGUGCCCAAGCUGACGUACUACUGAAGUCUGGUAAUUCGUCAGGGGUAAUGUGGGUGAGAGAAGGCAGGGAGGAUGCUCAAGUUCCUCGUUUAAAAGUUGAAGCAAAUGGAGCCCUUCAGUUGAUAGAUGUAAGCGCAGAUGAUGCAGGAAUUUAUUCUUGCACCAUGGAUGAAGACUCGGAUGCAUUAAAAGCUCGUAUCAACGUUUUAGUGAGAUCUCCUCCUCCAGCUCUUCACAAUGUCUGGGUGAAACCAUCUACUAUUUUGGCAAAUAUUCUAUGGGAAGUCGCGGGAACUGGUGGCUAUCCUAUCAUAGAUUUCACCGCUGAAUAUCGUCUGAAGUCGACAUCUGAUGGAACACCAGAAGAUUGGAAGCCUAUCAUACCCACGCACAUUCCUCCUAAUUCCAGACAAAUUGAUGUUUACCACUUGGAACCAAAUACCACAUAUUCCUUUAGAGUCUGGGCUACUAAUCAGCUUGGACGUGGCGAAAUUGUUGAGGUUGAAGGUCACACACAUCAUAGCGUAGAAGAGUUAGAGCUCGCGAGACAUCUCCUAGCUGGGGUUGAGAACUUUGAUACUCGUGCAUGGGUCGCAGCAGUGGGUAUUGUCAUGGGAACUUUAUUAGUUUUGGGCUUGGGGACUUGCUACCUUUUGUAUCGUGAAUGCAAGGCACCCUCGCAGCUGGAGGAGCAGGAGGUGAUUGAGUUGGUGCCCAAUAUAAUCCUGAAUCCAGGAUUUUUCGAUGAGCGAACGGAGCGCGUUCCUCAGGAUGAAAACUCUAACAACCAAACGACAACACGACUGAACAACAAUACUGUCAUUCAACCCAGGCGGCUCUAGCGAUUGGCCAAGUAGAGUGAGAAUUUUUUUGAUACAUAUUCUAAGCUGGCUUGAAAGAACGAAACUAAAACUGCUUUUUUAUAAGCAUUAAACAAAUUCGAGUUGAACUUAAGUUUUGCAUACCAAAUGCAAUUAUGUACUGCGUCAGGUUCAACUGUUUGCAGAGUAAGCAUGAAAUUCUACAUGCAUACAUGAAUACAUCCAUGUUGCGAACAUGAAUUGUUCAAAACAUGGAAGACUUUGAUAAAUUUGUUGACGCGGUAAACUCCGUUUUUGAGAUAUUCUUUUCUUGCCAAAAAAUUCUAUAAAUGAUUCAACUAUCAUAGAGAGCAGGAAAAAAAAAAGUUCAACUAUGCAUAGUUAUGUUAAAAAAAUAUUAGAAUUGAAAAAAAAAACCAAAACGGUAAGACUGCAACUACGGAAUGACUCCGCAUUUUCGGAGGUGUGCUAUACGUGGAUCAAGUACGAUUGUCUUGCGUAAGUGACAUUAAAAAUGUCUUCGUUGUGUUUAUGUUAAUUUUUCAUUCGUCUUGAUCUCAUUGUCAGUGGUCAGUAUGUACAACAUCUAACAUUCUUUCAUCCAUAAACUGAAGCAGUUACUUCUUGAUGAUUUUGUUUAAGUUUCCAAGUAGCUUGUGCCAUCGCUUGGCCCCAGGUGGUUGAAAAUUGAAGAAUUCAAAUGAAAUUAAAGAAAAAAACCAAUUAUACUAUUACACAAUUUCUCUAACUAACAAAUCUACGUAUUCAAAGUAGAGAGUAACAAUAGAUAUUUGCUUCCAAUGCACAGUGCUCUGCCGACAUUGCUAGAUGUACCAUUAUAGAAACAUCCAUCAUAGUAAACUAUUGCAUUCCUUUAAAGUUGACUUUUAUGUUGAAGAACAUAUUAUAAAGUAGUUGUGACUCAUAUGCUCUGCAAAAAAAAAUUUGGCCCUUAUUUUUGGUGUACAAUGUGAGAAAGAAACAUCCAAAUGAGUUUGAAGAGGGUAAUGAGUAUUGCAAAUUUUCGAACAUUUUCAAACAUUACAAAUGCAAUAUUAAAAUGCUUUCGCAAUUCUGAAUAUGACCAUAUCAGAAUAGUUCAGAUGAAAGCACAUAUUUGAAUAUCGAGCAAUUUUAACUCAAAAAUGUAUUUUUGUCUGUAAACUUUCACAUUUGAAGGAAAUGCAGUAAGAGCUCAUUUUUUAACCAGAAGAAUUUCAUCGUAAAUUUAGGAAUCUCAGUAGCAAGCAACUCACUAGCAUAGAGUUGAUAGCAGGAGAAGAUAUUUUCAUGUUUCCCUGAACAUCACCAGCCUUAAUAAUGUUUGAUAUAUUAUUUACAACAUCAUUGAUUAAUGCUCCUUACAAUUGAUGUGAAUUUAGAAUUUCCUGUGAACAUUCAUUACCGUAUUUCUCUGACGGGACAAGCUACAAAAAUCCUAUUCAUUCAAAGAGUAUUACUGCAAUCCCGUUGUAGUUUUUGCGCACAGAAGUAGAGUACUCUAGGAAUAUUGAUAACAACUUUACAAUGCAUCCCAAACAGGCACUCAACUUCACAGACUAAGAACACUUUCCCCCUUGCUGAGACAUUGCCUACUUGUUCUAUUUUUCAUGAAUAAUUCAACACUCCUAAAAUAUCUCAAAAAUCAUACGUCGUUCCACGCUUGUUAUGUUUUGUUAUUUUGGAACAAACCAUACAUAAAUGUAAUAAUUUGGUGCACGCAGGUUGUAUAAAAAUGGUUGUGCGUUGUUACGUAGAAGCUUGACAAUCUGUUCACAUCUGUUUGAGAAUAAUCUCUUCAAAUGAUGUGCCAACAGAUUUUGCACGGCUUCGUACUAUGCACUCUGUGUUGUGAAUGAUAUAUAUAUAUACAUACAUACAUGCCGAUUACAGAAUAAUAAUGAUAAUAAUAAAUAAUAAUAAUAUAUAUAUAUAUAUUUAUAUAACCGAAGCAUCACAAUAUUUUAGCUAUAAGCAAAGACAAUUUUUUAUAUAUAUAAAUGAUAACUAUCUCGAGACACUAUGAUACUAUAAUAUUUAUCUACAUAUUCAAUCAUAGUUUCAUUUUAUUCGAGAUUAGGUUGCUUGUAAAUGGUGUGUAUCACCUUUAAAUCUGCACACUGAUUGCAGUGAGUACAAUCUUCGUUAAAUACUUUGUUCCUUUUCUGCAGAGAGAAUCGUAUCGCUAUAUUUUGAAAAAGGUAAAAGUCUAUGUGCUCGUAUUAAUAAUUACCAUUGUUCAAGUUAUUGUUUGAAGGAUUUUAUCAAUUUAGAAGUAUUAUUCUAUCAUAAACUAUACACGCAAUAUCAUAGUCCGAGUCGCUGCGAUGUUCAUUAAGAUAUUCCAUAUCGAAUAUGGAAUUUUGAUUACAGUUACCCGUGUUCAGAUAUCAAUAAUAAAAACCUGUUCGUUUAAUGACAUUUGUAUAUAUCUGCUCAACGGAAUAACAUUAGAUGGCAAUAGAUUCAGAAAUUUGAUUGAAUCAAAGAAUUCUUCGGUGAAAGAGCUUAAAUAACAUCACAGAAUUUGAAACAAUUGCAAUGAACUCAAUGAAUCGGUUACGUUCCAUUUGAGUUUUGAUUAUAAAGUAAAAGCACCAAAAUUAUAUUUAGCGCUCUGUAGUUUUGUAGGUUUUGAGUCCGAUAGAAGCUAGUCUGUUUUGUAUUUUUCACGUACGAUAUUAUAGCAUAGGUUGUGUAGCCAUACUAUUAAGAAUCCAAACAUUCCCGCUUUUCGAUCCUAUAUUAGGAUGUUUUUUACCAUAUAAUGGCGGCUUAUAGUUAUUUAAGCAGCAUGAUACUUUAUUAUGGAUAUUGCAAUAGUGAUUAUCGCAGCUAAAGCAAUGUAUACAUCGUAUAACGAGCAAUUAUUUCGUUGUACGUUAGUAAUUUGUAUACAACUUUAUCACCAGCAAACGUUAUCAUUAUACAGAAUAAAUUAUGUAUAAUUAUUACCGUUUUUAAAAUUAUUAGAAUAUGUAUUUUGGCAAAUUGUUUGAAAUUCUUGUCAAUUUAAACUUCAACAAUCCGUGGACAAUACUGUGUACUAUUUGCAUUCAGUCAUCCAUUAGCAAAUCAUAGGUAUAUUUAUAGCAUUCACCAUUCUAUAACAAAGAACAGCCCAUGAUGUACAACGUUGUAAUAAAUCUAAGCAAUAUAUCUAUUACCGUUCAUGUAACUAAUGCAGAGAUGUUCAAGCUGUCAUUUUAAUUAGUCUACCACGCUGGUUUUAUAGACUAUUGAUUAUUGUAAACAGCAUCACGGAAUCUGUAGUUCGUAUGUUUUAAAUCCUAUUUAUUGAAUGUCUCCAAUAGAACCCAAAACAUACGUGUCUGAAAAUAACUCGAAAUCAUAAACGUUUAUAAAGUUCUUUUAUGUUGAUACACGAGAUGAAGAAUUGUAUCAUCGAUCAUAUGUAUUUAUGCGAUGAAGGCUGUAUCAUUUAUUUUUUGGAGAUAUGAACAGUAAUUUGUAGAAAUUAUUUGCAUAUCGUACUGUUCACUGAUGACGAACUGAAUAGUCAUUCAGUAUUGAGUGAGCUGAUAACGUAGGUGUGGCGGAAGAGAAUUAAUUUCCUAUGUUUAAUAACCCCAUGAGUUGUGUAUUACUAGGUCAUGAAUAUAUAUUUAUAAUUAUAAUUAUCCGUUAGCAUGAUUUAAACUUUUACUAGUUUGUUUAAAGUGUCUCUCACAAUUCAUAAUCGAUCGUUUCACAAAAAAGAAGAAAAAACAAACGAAAUAAUGAAUGGCAGAUAUCUUUUAUUAUAGUCAAAUGUAAAAUGAUGAUAUAAUUAAUUAUCUUCAAAGCACACACAUAAAAAUGUCUAAUAAUAUUAUUAAGUAAGCACAAUACAUUAGAAUAGUAUUAUGGUUGCUGGUAGCACCAUCGAUCGUCCUCAACAUACAUAUUGCCUGCCUAUACAUACCAAGAGAAUAAUAAUAUUAAUUGAAACGUUGCUUACAACAAUGAUUCUAUGGUAUACAUAAUAUAAUAUACUGCGAUUCAUUUAUAAGCCGGUAUAAAUCUGUGAAAAAUUCAACAUCGUUUUCAUUCCCGAGGAACGCCUCGCCUUUCUCAUAUGUCGAUGAUUUGGAAAAAUAUUUACAAUUGUUCCGUUCCGUAUUUUAAUGUUUUGUCAUGUCACGUUUGUAGAAAACGUAUCAAUUUCAAUGAAUAGUAGAUCAUCGAUAUUGUAGUUGAUUAAUUUUUCUAUUUAAUACGCGUUUAUCGUUAUGUAUAAUCAAACUAUUAUAUCAAUGGAUUUUUACCCAUGAAUGUAUUUACAAUUGAUUUAUAACAGUAUCUACGAGUAGUAGAACGUGGCGUUUUUAGAACACCUAUUGGAAUCAAUAGAUAUUACUUAAUUUGUUUCUGUCACGAGUUACCACACAUCAUCAAGUAAUACAGUAUUUUUUGGAUAUUCGAUGAAAUUUUACAAAAGUGAAUAAAUUAUCACAAACAAAAAUCCCUCGUACACAUAAAUUGUAAUGAUAAUUUAGGUAUAAUUAUCAUAGACAUAUAUUUUAUGAGUUAUAACAAUUGAUACAAAGUAAAUCGCAACGUAGAAAUUGUUGGAUAAAAAUUUUUGUUGCAUAUACAUUUGAUUAUUUAACAAUCAGUACAAAACUUUGUGCACUACAAACUCUGUCCUGUCGGUUCGUCACAAUAUAGGAUAAUAUAUUUACUGAAGUUUUAUGCUUUUCAAUUAAUUUCAUCCAGUUUAUCAUUUUUUCAGUGAAAAAACUCAAAACAUGACAUUUUUAUGGUGAUCUCCAUCGUGUUUGAAAAUCUGUCAAAUUUAAAGAACAAUCUAGGAACAUAUCAGAAAUGAUGAAAUUUUUAUCUCUCAACAAUUAGCGUUCGAGCGGCGUUAGGCAUUUUAUUAAAAUUCACAUCCAUGUUCAACAAUCAAAUUUGAUGCUAUCGGUACAUAUAGAUACAUCACCAUUACAAUUCAACAGCUUCUGCUAUAGCAGUAAACAAAAGUGUUUUAUAGUAAAAUUUGCAGCUGUCGUAAAGGCGACGUAAAAAUACAUCUCACACGUGCGUACAUACAUAAAAUACACUGGUGUGUCAUAGUAUAUGUAUCGCCUGAUUAUUAAUAACAGUAAUGAUAAUAAAUUUAAAAAGUAAAAAAAA